AAACUACUUCGACUUGUUCCACAACCAUGAUGUACUUUCAAAAUAAAACUCACGUUGUUAUUUUGUAAACAAAUUUUGUGAAUACUGUUAAGUACUUUCAGUACAAAAUGGAUUCUUCUGUAACUGCAUUGAAAUCUUCAAAGAAAAGGAAGAAGCAUCCUGCAGAAAACUCCUCCAAUGAUACUUUAAAAAAGAAAAAAACUUCAAGAUAUUUUGAUCAUUCCAGAGAAUUUGUUAAGAAAAAGAAAUCUUUUGGAAAUAAAAAUAUAAAAUCUCAAGCCAGCAAUUCUAUAGACAUUCAAAAAUCAAAUAAGACAAAUGAAUCUAUGAGUAUAAAUAUGGCAAAAAAAUUUAAAAAGAAGAAGGUAAAAACUGGUGAAAAUAUAGCUACAAAAUCUUCAGCCGUUACUCAAUCAAAACAUGUGCAAACAUCAAAGAAAAAUAAAAAAUUUAAAGUACCAGGUUGCAAUAUACAAAGCUCUCCAACUAUGUCUAAAAAGACAUCUGCAUCUGCUGCUGUAAAAAAAGUAUCAAAGCUAAAGAAAGGAAAAAAGAAGCUUGGAAAGUUUCAAUCAAAUUUAGAUGAAACUAUAAAUUCUGAAAGUGAUGAAAACUUAUCUGAGCUGUGUAUAUCGGAUGAUAAUGAGUCAGAUGAAGAGGUGUUACGAGAAGAAAUACAGAACUCUUCAAUUUUCAAACAAAUAGAGAAACUAAUGAAGAAAGCACCACAUUUGAAUCCUGCUAAUGCAGGUGCAGAAUCAUCUGAACUUUUAAAUGAUGAAGAUAUGGAUAAUUCUUCAGAACUGAGCUUAUCAGUAGAAUCAGAUGAUGAAGAUUCAGUCAUGGAAACAGAUGAUGAAGGGGCUUCUUCAUCAGAAUCUGAUAUAGAAGAUUCAGGUUUGAAAAAUGAAGUUACAAAUAAAAAAAAUAAUCCUGCAAAAAAGCAGGAUAAAAAUGUUUGUCUGGCAAACAAAAAGUAUAAUUUUACUGAAAGUGUGGCUGAAAGUACUGGUUUUAACCGAACUUCAAAGGACAAAUCCCUAAAAAGAGAUAUAUCGAAUAAAGAGAAAAAAGGUCAAAUGUCUUCUAAUUUGAAAAAUAAAGUGCAAGAGAAGCUAGCAGGUGCCAAAUUUAGAUUUCUGAAUGAAAAAUUAUAUACAGAAACUGGGAAAGAAGCUUUUAAAUAUUUUCAAGAAAAUACAGAAGAAUUUGAAGAUUAUCAUUCAGGUUACAGAUUACAAGUAUCUAAAUGGCCUAUAAACCCUGUAAAUGAAAUAAUAGCUGAUAUCCAGAAGUUAAAGAAAAGUUUCGUAAUUGCUGAUUUGGGGUGUGGAGAAGCUAAAAUUGCUCAAACAUUUCCAGACAGAACUAUACAUUCUUUUGACCUUGUUCGUUUGAAUGAAUUUGUGAAAGCAUGCGACAUUUCAAAGUUACCUCUUCCAAAUGAAAGUGUAGAUGUUGCGAUAUUUUGCUUAUCUUUAAUGGGUACAAAUUUGAAAGAUUACCUCUGUGAAACUUUUAGAAUAUUAAAAGUAGGAGGAAUUUUAAAGAUAGCAGAAGUUGAAAGUCGGAUUGAAGAUUUAGGCCAUUUUAUAAAUUACCUAAAAUCUAUAGGUUUUACUCUAGAAAGAAAGAAUACUAAACACAAGAUGUUUGUUUUUCUGGAUUUGAAGAAAGAGAAGCAGAAGUGUAAACUCGGAAAAGUUCCAAGUUUGUCUUUGAAACCAUGUCUAUACAAGAAAAGAUAAUUCACAUGAUUUUCUAUAGUGUUUCAAAACUGGCAGAUUAAAAUUACUUUACCAGCUUUAAUAA